CUUUUUAACCCAUUGUAAACUUUCCUUUUAGACCGGUGUGGCCUUAAAACAGCACACACUUUAUGGACUGCUCCGUGUUGUGCUGUAAAGAACCUUAUUAUUUAACUUAUAUUUUUAACCCCUUAGUGGCCACUUUUACCACUCUCUUGUCCUGGAAGAGAGUGGGGCCCUCAGUAUGCACAAGCUGAGAGGAGGCCCUGGCCCUCCUGUCCAGGAUAUAUAUGAUUUUUCUCAGGAUGAGGAGGACCCUAACGUUUUUCUCGGGUCCAGGGGUGCAAAGGUGGUGUCCCCUGCAGCCGACUACAUCAGGUCUGAGCAUGAGCAAGCAGGCCUCUUCUCCUUGCCGCAAAUGGAGGGUCAGGAACUGAUGGAGCAUGUGGUAACACAGAAAAAGAAGCGUAAGAGAUGUGGUGUGUGUGUGCCGUGUAUGCGGAAGGAGAACUGUGGUACAUGCAGCAACUGCCUGAACAGAAAGGUCGGCCACCAGAUCUGCAAAAUGAGAAAGUGUGACGAGCUGAAGAGAAGAAAAAGCCAAUGGGAGGUGGAAUAUUUUGAAGAAAUUAAAGCCCGGUCCAUCAUCCCAAACCUGGCUAAAAAGACUGUUUCCGUGGUGGGUUCAGUGGAUGGCCCCACAGGAAGAAGCCAGAUGGAAAUUGGGUCCCAUGACCGCCUGGAAGAAGGCGUGUUAGACCAGGAACUGUCUAAUGGGGUGAGCAAACAUGCAACAACUGAAAAAAAUAUUUGUGAUGAAGAAGAUGGAGGCAUGGCCAGGGAGCAACACCAGCAAAGCUACCAAGAGGGGCCUGGAGGUAUUUCCAAGACACCAGACUGGGGUCCUGAGCAUGCUGAGAAAUCAACAAAUCCUGAAUCUCAACAGGGUGCUUGGAGUGGCCAAAACCCCAGCACACAUGUGAAUGAUGUGGAUAUGGAAGAUGCACGAACACUAGUGGCAUUUUCUGCUACUAUAGGCUCACUGGCCCCUUACAGCAACCAUCAAUCUUCUCAGACUCCUACAACUCAGCUGUAUGAAAGGUUCAACCAGGAGAUGUCUAAUGGAGGUGAGGAGGCCAGGCAGAAAGGUGUGGAUGGUGAGUUUUGCCCCCCUGAAGAUCUAGACACCCUUCAGGCUGCACUGAGCAAGGCCCGUCAUGGCCACAAGCCACCUAACUGUGAUUGUGAUGGCCCAGAAUGCCCUGACUACUUGGAGUGGCUGAAAAAGCAAAUCAAAAUGGUGACUAAUUGCCAGGACAAAGGGUCCUGUAAGGUUUCUGGUGCUCCUCCACAGCCAUAUUUACAGCAUUGUUAUGCUCAAUCCCAACCUCAACAAUGUGGAAAUAACCCAUCGUGUGUGCAAGAUACAAAUCCACAGACCCCUGUUAACCAGCCUUCAGCUCCAAGAUCUUUUGACCAACCACCACCUAUUCCCUGCUCCCCUAGUGUUCUAUCCAUAGCCAAGGAGAGAAAUGUUAGCUUGCAAACAGCUAUUGCAAUUGAGGCUCUGACCCAGCUGUCUGCUACUGUCCAACAAAAGAUUGUUUCUCCAGGCAUGUCUUCACCUGCAAAUCACCAUCAUCAUUUGCCAACCUCAUACCCUCAGAGUAUGCCACAAUUGGACUCUUUAUCCCCUCUUUAUGUCACUCAUUCGUCCUCCUCUGUCUCCUCUGCUAUGCCACAGUCCAUCCCUCCUGGAAAUUACCCUCAACAGGACCCAUCGUCUUGGGAACAGCAGAGGUCUCAUCAGCAGGGUGAGGCCUCCGCACAAAACAUUAUGCCAAGCUCUUCUCACUAUGCUACCCAGUACCCAUCCUCCAAGUCCCCAUUUACAGGCCUGCCCCCUUCAACCCCUAACCCCCCACCCCAGCAGUGGCAGCAGGGCACAGCCGGAAGUUGUGAGAAAAGCUCCCCUCAGAACCUAUGGAUGAAGAUGAACUCAGAACCCCAGCCUCAUUUUGUAAACCCAUCCCAUGGUAGCAGUGACCCAGUGUCUGAACUGAAGAAGCUCCUUGGAGACACUGGUGUUAAGUACACAAACUCAGCAUUCAAGUUUCCACUCCCUCACCCCAGCUUGCAGGACGGUCACAAGGCCGGCCUUACUGAGGUGCCACACAUCAAGCAGGAGGUGGAUACAAAAGAGUACCAGGGCUCAGGGUGUCCAGUCAUGGGCCAAGAGGGGAUGGUAAAUGGCCAGCAGCAGUUCUGGGGUCAGCAGUUUCCCUCCUCCAUUAGGCACUCAACUCAGGCAGCACUACAGCAGCACCUUCACCAUAAACGCAACCUCUUCUCUAACUCCCCAGCCUUCAGUUCAUUAGCCCCAAUGGCUUGUCAGAACCUCCGUAAAUGGUGGCCACAGACUAUGCCAGAGAGUCAAGGAACCAUCAAACAGGAGCACAAAGAACCCAAAAAGAAAAAAAGUGUUCAAAGUUCUCCUCAUCUCAAUCAGCCAAUAGGUGGGCUAUAUAGCCCAUUGGGCCCACCUCUUCCAAAACCCAAACAGAUUGUUAUCAAGAAGCAUAAAAAGAAAGCUUCACAACCAACUUUUCUCCCACAGAGCCAGAUUACAUUAUCGAAAACUCCCCUCAUCAACCCAGGUUAUGCACCAUCCUUAUCCCAGCUGGCUCCAACUUUACCACACAUGGAAGCUGGGCUUCCCCCCUCUCAGGUGGCUGAGAGCCACCCAGCUCCAGCCCAAUCUCAGGAAUCCAUUUUGAAUAGCAGUAGUGCAUCCAUCUCUGAAAACACCCAGUCGUCUUCUACCACCCCUCUAUCUCUCAUGGCACCUUCCAACCAGAAGGUGAUAGCUUGUUCAGGCCCAGCCGUGUCAACUCAAAUCAUCCCAGCGACAUGUAUCACAAUUCAUACCUCUACAAUACAGUCCACUCCCUCUCUGACUGGCCUCAGUACCCUAGAUCCAAAAUUUGAAGAGCUGAUUCGCCAGUUUGAGGAGGAGUUUGGGGACACCAUUUCCUCAGCUUCCGCAGCAGAGACCCAAGAGCAUGGCCCAUCUCAGCCAGUGGUGACCGAGUCACAACCAUACUCAAACUCAGGACAAGCCAGACCAGAGUCACCAUCCCCAAAGCAGCCAAAAAACUGCCCUCCUUUUCCUACAGUUGUGUCUGAGCCCAUGGAUGAAGGUCAAAAGGGGAUGACUAAGAGAGUGAAGGAAGAAAAACCAUUAGCAUCUGAGCAGCUCUAUACUGUCAAACAGGAAAGUGAGGAAUGUGAGGUGGCUGUGAAACCUUCUGGACAGCUCCUGUCUGUGCCUCCGGAGGCAUUUCUGGAGCGACAACACCCCUUAAUCACAUCUUUCACCCCUCCAACUAAGCGCAUGAAGAUUGAGUCAUCUGGUGACGUGACAGUGCUCUCCACAACCAUGUGUUUCUCUGCAGAUGGAGAAGGUAAAGAUUUGAAUAUACCCACCAAGGAUAUCUUCCCUGCCUCCCCUUCACUUAAAGGUUUUCUUGAGUCACCACUGCGCUAUCUGGAUACUCCCACCAAGGGCCUGCUGGAUACACCUGUGAAAGAUGCCCAAGCUGAAUUUCCCACCUGUGACUGUGUGGACCAGGUCCUAGAAAAGGACAAGGGUCCUUAUUACAAUCACUUGGGAUCUGGGCCAACUGUGGCUGCAGUCAGAGAACUGAUGGAAGAGAGGUAUGGGGAGAAGGGUGAAGCCAUUCGUAUUGAGAAGGUGGUUUACACAGGGCGAGAGGGAAAGAGCUCUCAGGGAUGCCCUAUUGCUAAGUGGGUGAUUCGUCGUAGCAGCGAGGCGGAGAAAGUGUUAUGUGUGGUGAAGCAACGGCCUGGGCACCACUGUGCCAACACUGUCAUCAUUGUUGUCAUCCUGGCCUGGGAAGGUGUGCCCCGUGCUCUGGGAGAUAAACUGUAUCGAGAAAUCACAGAAACAAUCACCAGAUAUGGCAACGCCACCAGCCGCCGUUGUGGACUAAAUGACGAUCGAACCUGUGCAUGCCAAGGGAAGGACCCAGAUAAAUGUGGAGCUUCCUUCUCUUUUGGCUGCUCUUGGAGUAUGUACUUCAAUGGAUGCAAGUAUGCUCGAAGCAAAAACCCUCGCAAGUUCAGACUGCAGGGAGAACACCCAAAAGAGGAGGACAAUCUCAGGGAUAAUUUCCAAAACUUGGCCACUCAUGUGGCCCCUCUGUAUAAGCAACUUGCUCCCCAGGCCUACAGUAACCAGUGUGUGAGUGAGCACACUGCUUCAGACUGUCGCUUGGGUUUGAAGGAAGGUCGGCCAUUUUCAGGAGUUACUGCAUGCAUGGAUUUCUGUGCCCAUGCUCACAAAGACCAGCAUAACCUCCACAAUGGCUGUACUGUGGUGUGCACUCUUACAAAAGAGGACAAUCGCUCAGUGGGCACUAUCCCAGAUGAUGAGCAGCUGCAUGUGCUUCCGCUCUACAAGAUCUCUCUUACCGACGAAUAUGGUAGUGAGGAGAACCAGCGCCUUAAAAUGCAAACAGGAGCCAUUCAGGUGCUCUCUAACUUCCGUCGAGAGGUUAGAAAACUUCCAGAACCCGCUAAAUCCUGCCGGCAGCGUCGCUUAGAGGCCAAAAAGGCUGCUUCAGAAAAGAAGAACAAGAAACUGCAGCUUGCAGAAACCCCAGAGAAGACUAUCAAGAUGGAAAUGCACAACACAGAGUCAUCCCACCCUCAGCAAGGCAAUAAAGCUAUUCCAAAACAGGAGAUGACCAUCAAAAAAGAGCCUGUUGACCGCUUCCAGCCCUUCAAUGGAGCCAUACAUGGCUACGCAGCACUAGGGAACGGCAAGGCAACCCCUGAUCCCCACAGCAUGAACAGUUCAUUCUCCUACCCUGGUAACUAUGCAAGAGGUUGCGUCCCUACCAACAGCCAACCUCCUGCACAUAGCCCCAUCAAUGGCUUUCACCCUAACCUCCAAGACAUGCGAUACAGUUACUACAACUACCCUCCCAAUGCACUUUUUCCUACCGAGCUCUUGAGUUAUGAUAAUGGAGCCUGGCCAAAAGCUGGAGAACCCUCUGCCCCAUCAUUUGACCAAAAGCCAGAUGUUAAGAGUCUCCAAGCCAAGAUGGCACAGGCAUAUCUUAACCGUCCUGGCCAAUCACAGCAACAAAUGACUGAUGCACCCAUUCAAGGCUACCCACACCCAUCAGAGUUUUCACAGUCUCCUGUUCCACACAGUCAUACACCAUCAGUGUUGCUUGAGCAGACACACCGCUCAACACCCAUCAUCAAGCAGGAGCCUAUGGAUCUGCCUCUAUAUGAUGGCAGUUUAGAUGGGCAUGUUCGGAACUGCCCUAGCAAUCCUAGUACCACACCAAAGCCUGAAGGCUGGCCUGGGCAUAAGCCAAAUGGCAGCAUAGUCCCUAAAGGCUGGAAUGGAAACCACAGGCCAAGUCCAGCUGAUUCACCUUUCAUUUCAGAUAAGCAGAGGCUCCACCAGCAACACCCAUACCAACAUGAGCAACCUCUGUAUCCACAGCAGCAGCAGUGGAAUUCCUAUCCUCGCCCUAACACUCCAAUGUCAUCACCUGCCCCAUCUCCAUCUCCAUCCCUAAAAGCAGGUCUUUCCCAUGCUCCCUCUCCACUCCCGUCCACCCCAAGACAGUGGCAUAGCCCUGCCCCAAGUCCACAACCUAAGACGUGGUGCCCUUACGGUCCCAUUGGUUAUGGUGCUGGUGGUCUUAGGCAAGGCAACCCUGCUGGUGCUUUCCCUGACAAAAUGCUAUCUCAGGAAGGUGAGAAUUGUGGCUCUGCUCCUCUGGGAAUCCAGGAGAAAGCCUGGAAAUCUGGUGGUGGAUCCGUAGCAGGCAGCACACCAUCUCCGGCUCCUGAGGGUCGCUUAUUCCCUGAUGCACUGCAAAGAUUCAAUGGGCAGGCAUGCUGGGACAGUGAGGCAGAGACCCAAAGUGAAUGUGACCCUGAAGAGGAAGAGGUGUGGUCAGACAGCGAGCACAACUUUCUGGACCCCAACAUUGGAGGAGUAGCUGUGGCCCCUGCUCAUGGCUCCAUCUUGAUUGAAUGUGCCCGUCGGGAACUCCAUGCUACCACACCACUUAAAAAGCCUGACCGUACCCACCCAAGCCGGAUUUCCCUGGUCUUCUACCAGCACAAGAACCUUAACCAGCCUUGCCAUGGCGUGGCUUUGUGGGAGGCCAAGAUGAAACUCCUAGCUGAGCGGGCGCUACAGCGGCAACAAGAAGCAGCUCUUUUGGGUCUCUCACAGGAUGAAAUUAAGGCCUAUGGGAAGAAGCGCAAGUGGGCGGCUGGAUCAGCAAGCCCAUCCCCAGGACAGAACAAGGACAAACGAGAGAGUGUGGUGACACGAAUGGCACCCACUCAGCAUACCACCACCAUAGUCAAUGUUUCACCCUACCCGUCCACGCAACUCAUUGGCCCUUACAGUCGAUUUGUGUGAACUCUUGUAGACUGUUGCCCCCUGGAGCCAGAGAAGGGAAAAUAAAUAAGGAUCAUGAAUCUUACUCCUUUACCAUUUGCUUCUCUUCUUCUAGCUCUAACAUCUCUCUCAGGUCACCACAAGGGAGGGAGAAUAACGGAUGGGGCACUUUUUCACUUUCUUUUCCUCAUUUACCUCAAAUUUGGCAGCAGUUUGGGAACACCCCAAACGGACACGCUGUCUAUGGUGCUCUUGCUCUCUCCAACGUGGGAGGGAUUUCCAUAGCUACCCCUCCUUAAGUGAAUUUGAUGAUCCUAAUUAUUAUUGCUCUAUUAUCAAUAUUAUUAUGAUUGCUAUUGUUGCUGUCAACAUUGAUAUUACAGGUAUUGCUAUUAUAUUCUUAAGAUGAAUAUUUUUUAUUUUAAUGUAAUUGUUUUUCAUCAUUGUUAUUAAUAUUUUGAUGUCCCCCUCUUGACUAGAGGGACUUCCUUUUUUCAUUCUCGCUUGUUCAUUAUGAACACGAGAACAAGCUAAUCAGCAUUUUUAUUUAUUUUUUUGUGCUUUUCACCUUUUCCACCCAUCAACCUCUCUAUAAAAGAAGCGCCUUCACACCAUUGUGAGUCAGAUUUAUGUGACUGCAUUAAGGCAACUCUAGAGUAUCUGCAUCCUAGCUGUAGUCACUGAACAUAUUACCAAAAUUAGAAAGAGAGGACCUGACACCAGCUUGGGCCUUUCUAUUUGGCGCCACUCAAUGAAAUCUGUAAAGUUUCUCAUCCCUUCAAAUGGUGCUUCUUUUCGGUCUCAAGUGUCUCUAAUGUGGCUCUCACAACAUCGAGGCAGGUGCUGGACCUGGGUGCUUUUUGGCAGCAGAUGUCAGUCAAAUUCAGUUACAGGGACCUCUCAGUCCUAGUAAUUGGCUCAGCCUUCCAUCUAGUCAUCUGAUUGGUGCUGACACAUUUGGCCAUUCUUCGUUACCCAUGUGGCAUGUUUUAGACUUAGCUCUCUGAGGUGCUGGUAAUGCUAUCAAAAAUCCACCUCAAAAGAAACAGCCCUAAAGAGCUGCAGAUAAUCCACCAAGGGUCUUAAGCUCGUAAUUUUCAUAUAGACUGAACAAUCCAGACUCAGCUCAAACAGAGGAUUCUAAACUCUAUCCAAUAUUUUAUUGGCUUGAAAUUCUGCAAUCUAUGCUUGGUUCACCCUUGAGAUGUUUGUAGCGCAGAGACUUAGAGCUUCAGUAGGUAAGAAGUUGUUUAUUAAAAUAAUAACUUACUACAAAAUUACCAUCACACUGGAGUAUUUAUAGAUGUGUAAUGUUGUUCGAUCUGGUUGGUUUUUGUCAGCAGACUGACAAAAAAACAAAAAGUUCUAUACAAUGGCAAACACAGGAUAGAAGCUAGAGGUGAACUUAAACUGGUUCCCAAUUGGCAAUUAUUGUUUUUUUUUUUUUUUACUAUGUGUUUCCCAACAAAAUUUGCCUGUGUAAUCUGAAGAUUUUAUCUGUGACCUGACUAAUCUAUAGCUACCCAUUUGUGAUAAUGAUUGUUAUCUAAGUUAUUAUUUUCUUGUUUUCAUACCAACUGCUGGUUAAACCCACCAGCCUAAUGGAAAGAGCACACUUCAUAGAGCUGGUGCUACUAGUCUUUUACGCUCCUGUAAAGUUGCCCCUCUUGUCAUAAACAGCCCUCUUCUCUCUUUUUGCCCUGAGAGAUCACCCACACCUGGAAUUUAUGGUGCUGAUAGGCAAUGCAUACAUUUUUAGCUUAUAAUUGUUGCAAAAUGUAUACUUCUGUUUGCUUGUGGGUGUUUGUGUGCACGUGCUUGGAUUCAACACAUGCACACUGGUUGGAAUGUAUGUGUACCAGUGUGACUGCUUGUCCAUGCGUGUGUGAGCUAUAUAUAGGGAGCAACGCAGGGCUGCCACUGGUUUACACUGGGCUGUAAGAUGCUUAACACUCACAAAGGAGCGAUCCUGGUGCUCAUUAAGUGGUCCUAAAGCUCUUUACCUCAUGUUGUACAGACACUGGUUCCAGUCUCAACAUGCUACAAAUACACAGGCGCUACAGACUGCAGGCUUGCUGCCUUUAUCCACAUUCGUACCCACUUUUUUAAUAUUAUUUAUUAUAUGAUAAUGAUGAUUGUUAUUGUAAUUGCUGUCAUUUACUUUUUGUUCAUUUCAGAGAAAUUGUAAAUAUUGAAGAGAGGAUUUUAUAAAAGCACUUUUAAUCUUGAUUUUAAUGAGAAAAAAAUAAGAACGGAUUAUUGACAACUUGAAACCUAGUUUUUGUUUUAAUGGAAUUUUAUUGGAAGAGAUAGAAAUGUAAAUAGUUAAAUAUUUAGGUAAGAUUAUUUAACUGGUGAGGGAUGAUGGCCUAAUCAUGAAUUAUUCCUGAAUUUGUUGUCUUCAGUUUUUUGUAUGUCAAGUAGUCAACAGAGCACAAAGCAUGAUGCUUUGUUGGUCUUCUCAAGAUUCUGCUGUCCUUUCGUGAGUACUGUACUUACCAUUGUCACCGGCUUCCUUCCCCUGCAUCUGAUCCAUAACUAUAAACCAUAAACUAAAGGAGAUCAAAGAAAUGACUGCGAAAUUGUGGAUCGAUACUAAGACAAUUCAAGCAUUCAGGACUCACAUUGUUUUAAAAGGGAGUGGAAGUACAUCACUUUUACAUGAAAAUUACCAUGGAACCGAAAAGAAUAUGGGGUGUAAUCUUGCAGCUGAACAGUUUAAAACUGCAGGUAGACGAUGUAAUAAUGUUUUUAUUUUAUUACAUUUCAUGUGGGGUGAGUCUUGCAUAACUCUGACUGUGCACUGACAUUAUAUUAUCUAGGUUGUCACUUGUUCUUGGAGAUGUGGGACUUAACCCUGAAGUAAAAAGAGUUUCAAGAUUGCUCUUGAAGCCCAGUUCAAUUUUAUUCACCCUAAAUGGCUUUUAACCAUGGUGCUACCCCUAGAGUUCGCUGUGGAAAUCACUUUUAGCAAACACUGUUGCUAUAGGCUCUUAAAUUAAUAUCUGAACUCUGUUUGAGAGUAUAGAAAAAAAACUAUAUGGUGCUGAUCAUUUUUUAAUAUUUUUACAUAUUUCUGAGAGGUUUCUGAUGUUCACAGUAGAUAAAAAAAAAAGCACUCCCACUGAUCCAGUUCCCAUUUUUAGUCCUCACCCUACAUAAUUGAAAUGGUACUUGAAAAGCAUGAUGACCGAUAGAGGAAUAGGUACUCAUGCUAAUGAUGUGAAUUGACUGUUAAUUUAAUAUUCUGGUGCUAAGAGAUGCCCAGAGAUGCGUUUUCACCCAUUUUGAAGUUUUAAACAUUUUGUCAUUUUCUUGGUUAUACACAUUCUUUAUUCAUACCUACCUUUUGGGCACACAGUCAUACAAAUACACACAACACACACAUGUACACACUACUCUCUUCCCCCUCUAUCAGCACUCACAGUUAGAGUAUUGAUUAUGCCCAGUUUUAAACAUCAAAAGGACAAAAUGUCUAAACAAAUGAGGGGGAAAAAGAAAAAACUGGCAGCUACAUUCCUUAAUGAGAAUGAAAAAUUGUUCUUGGUUCUAUUUUUCAUGUUGAGUAUGCAGUAUGUAAAAAGUGUUAUCUUUUGUUUGGUCUCUCUCCUCGUAGCUGUAUGGUGUAUUAUGUGAAUACAAUAGUGUAUAUGGUAAGACCCACAAUACUGUUUUGUUCUAAACUAAGAAAAUAAAUAAAAAUAAAUAAAGAACUAAAAUGUG